AUGACGCCAAACCCAGUUUUAGCAGCCGCGGCCAAUCUAACGGCUUCGGGGCAAGAGCCAACACCAUCGCGACGCGUCGCACAGCUCGCAGAACAUCUCGCGUCAGCAGAGGGCACCAAACAAGAUGAAUUUCACGCUACCUUGCCAACUUCUUACCCCGUUUCGAAGCUGCAGUUGAGCCCAACGCAGUACAUCGAUCAUGUACGAAGCCUUCGCGUCGCUGUCAUCGGUGCUGGGCUAGCUGGUAUCAAUGCAGGUAUUCUUCUGCCAGCGAAAGUGCCGGGCAUCGACUUAACCAUCUUUGAGAAGAACGACGAUGUUAGUGGGACGUGGCUUGAGAACGUGUACCCCGGAGUACGAUGCGACAUUCCAUCUCAUGUGUAUCAAGCGACAUACUCGCCCAAUACGCAAUGGUCUGAGAUCUUUGCGCGAGGCGCUGAGAUUCGUGACUAUUGGCAGGCGCAGGCUAAGAAGCACGACGUCUACAAGUAUGUCAGACUUCGGCACCGCGUCGACGAAGCGGAAUGGGACGACGCACACUCCAAAUGGCGAGUGACAUUGCGUAACCUCAAAAAUGAGACCUCAUCGACAGAGACCUUCGAUUUCGUCAUCACCGCCAUUGGUCGGUUCAACUCUUGGAAGCUACCUGAUUAUCCGGGCUUGAACGACUACCGAGGCCAUCUAAGACACACGUCAAACUGGGACGUUUCGUUCGAUCCGACGGGCAAGAAAGUCGCUGUCAUUGGAAAUGGCGCAAGUGGUAUUCAGGUCGUGCCAAACCUACAACCCAUUGCAAAACACAUCACCCACUUCGUUCGCAAUCCAACAUGGAUCGCGACAUCGUGGGCAGGCGAUGAGCGGACCUUUGAGCCACAGCCAUACUCACAGGAACAGCGCAAGGCUCUGGAAGACCCCGGGGUGUAUCUGGCCUUCAGGAAAGAUCUCGAGGAUAGAUACUGGAGACGAUUCCGUGCUAUGAUUCGUGGAUCAACGGAGAAUCAAGGGAUGCGAGAGCAGUUCAUCGAUGUCAUGAAGAAGCGGGUAGCGCAAAAACCCGAACUGCUUGAUGGAUUGAUACCAGACUUUGCCCCACAUUGCAGGCGACUCACACCAGGUCCUGGCUACCUGGAGUCUCUUACCGAAGCCAACGUGGAGCUCGUCAAGUCGCCUAUCAAGCGGUUCACAACUCUGGGCAUUGAAACGACCGAUGGCAGGACUUUCGCGUUUGAUGCGAUAUUUUGCGCGACUGGUGCCAACACUGAUCUCGUUCCACCGUUCUCGAUCAAGGCGCGUGGAGUGGAUUUACACGAAGCAUGGAAGCCUGGAGGCAAAUGGGGCUUCCCGUACACGUACUUAGGAUUGGCUGCACCUGGUUUCCCAAACCUAUUCUUCCUAGCCGGACCGCAUGCUACGGGCCCUUCGGGUACAGUGCCACAUGGUGUAGAGACGUCACUCACAUACUUCGCCAAAGUACUUCGCAAAGUCUCUUCACAAGGACUCAAGUCCCUAACGCCAUCGAAAGAGGCAACGGAUGACUUCGUCGACUACUGUGACGCUUUCUUCCCAACUACUGUCUUGACUGACAACUGCUCGUCUUGGAACAACGGCGGUGUAGCAGGUCAACGCAUUCAUGGCUUAUGGCCUGGUUCAGCUGCACACUUUACCAUAGCUAGACGGGAGCCACGAUGGGAAGAUUGGGAGUAUGAACGCGAAAACAAGGACAAUCGCUUCGCCUACUUUGGCAAUGGGUACACUGAAGCAGAGCUUGACGAUUCGACUGAUCUGACUUCGUAUCUCAAGGCGCCUGGUCAAGAAGUGGAUUUGAGAGAUCUUCAUGAACGCUGGUGGGAUGUGCCGGGUGCAGAGAGGAAAUCGUAG